AUGAUUGCAUCAACCCAGAAGUCAACCAUUAUGUUUGACAAUACCGCAGCAAAAGAGAAAGCCACGGUCCAUUUGUCCAAGUCUAACGAUUCUUGGAGCCCAACUUCAUGGACUACCAAGAAAACCAUCAUCCAAGAAGUCCAGUACAAGGACCCCAAGGUUCUGCAGGAUGUUUGCAAUACAAUCGCAAAUCUACCGCCUCUGAUCACUCCCGAGGAAAUUGAAGCUGCCCGAAGCCAAUUCGCAGAAGCAGCUCUCGGAAAGGCAUUCGUUUUACAGGGAGGUGAUUGUGCCGAGAGCUUCCAUGAUGUUCGUCCUCACAUCGUCAACCAGAAGGUCAGACUUCUCGAAGAGCAAUCCCAUAUCUUGUCCCAGGGGCUCAAUCGACCCGUGGCUACCGUUGGGAGAAUCGCUGGUCAGUAUGCUAAACCUCGAUCUUCUCUGUGGGAAACCCUGCCUGAUGGGACCGAGGUACCAACAUUCCGAGGCCACAAUGUCAAUGGACCAGAGCUUUCUGAGCGCCAGCCUGAUCCUCACAGACUGUUGCUCGGAUACUUCCAUUCUCAAGCUACCCUGAAUCUCAUACGCGGACCAGAUGCGCUCUCCACACCGCCCAUGGGCUCUUUUCCAUCCACUCCCGCUGAUGGCGAGGAGGGAGCGACUAAGAGAGCCAACGGUGGAACAAUUUAUACAUCACAUGAGGCCCUUCAUCUACCUCUCGAAAGCGCCUCAACUGACGGCCGUUACAACACCUCUGCCUCAUUCAUUUGGAUCGGCGAGAGAACUCGACAGCUUGAUGGAGGCCAUGUCGAAUAUGUGCGUGGACUGCGAAACCCCAUCGGAAUCAAAGUUGGGCCUACCAUGACUGGAGAAACAUUGGUAGAACUGCUGAAUUGCAUCUGCCCCAAUGCUCAAGACCAGGAUCAUAUUGGCCGCAUUACUAUUAUCACUCGGUUUGGAGCGGACAAGGUUGAAACCGUUCUCCCACCCCUAAUCCAGGCCGUUCACAAGUCUGGCCACAGACCGCUUUGGAUGUGUGAUCCAUGCCACGGCAAUACUUGCACUGCCAGCUCGGGACAUAAGACACGCCAUAUCAGUUCUAUCCUCCGGGAGGCAACGACAUGCUACCGGGUUCAUCGGGAGAACGGCUCUACCCUUGGAGGGCUCCAUCUCGAACAAACCGGAGAGUUCGUUACCGAAUGCGUUGACGGCUCGGACAUGGGAUCAGAAGAGAAACUCGGCACGAAUUAUCGAAGUCUCUGUGAUCCGCGACUGUCAUACCUGCAGGGUUUGACUGUUGUUCGUGGGUUCGUUGAUUUCGCACAGCACAUUGAUGCAAAGUACCAGACGGCUGCAGGAAAUGGUGUCUAA